CGGUCAGUUCAGUCCCGCACGUGCCUCCACACUGAACACAGUGGCUGUUCUCAUUCCUUUAGACUCUGGAAAGCAUUAUUUAUUAUUGUUUUAAGUGAAGAGGUGUACUUAUAAGUGUACUUUUAAAACAGAAUAUUGUGAAUUAGAAAGACGCGUAAGCUACCUGAUUGUGAUACAGCUUAACUCUCAAUAGAAAACGUGUAGAGAGUUUGUCGCACAGACUAAAACUAAUCGUGACCGCCCGCUCGCGUGUGAUGUACGCAGCGUAGUGGAAAUAUGUGUUAAAACGGAAUUUUAAAAGGCUUGGCGAUAUUGGAGUGAAUUAGACAGCUUUAUUAGAUCUUUCACAAUGCGUUUUCCAAGACAUAUCCCGUUUUGUGGUCGCAGAGACCGCAACGAUUCCCAGCGCUCGGACCUCUCAGACGAUGUGUACCAGCACAUGCUCUGUCUGAAGCCGGACCGGAAGACCAGCGUUGUGUCGACCGAGGCGGCGUACUCUAGAAUGACCCUAGGACUCUCGUCGGACGGCUCCAUGUUCUCUAGGCUCUCGAGCGACAGUCUGGAUGCGCGGACGACCAUCCCGCCGCUGUUCAUUGCAAUCCAGAAUGGCGAACUGGGUACUCUCACGCAGAUUUUAGCGGAAAACCCAAAGCUACUGAACACCCUGAAGUAUGGCGGUUUCACAGCUCUCCACACAGCGUGCCAUGUGCGUCAACACAGGGUACUUAAGUUGUUACUGGACCAUGGCGCUAAGGUGGGCGCGAUGGACACCCUUGGCCACACGCCCCUGCAUUUAGCCGUCCACGAGGGCUGGCACCAGGGCGUCGCGGAACUACUGCGGCGGGGAGCCUCCCCCAACAUCCUCAGCGAACCCCCACAGUCCGUGAAGGAGGUGCGCGUUGAGACACCCCUGCACGCUGCCAUCCGCCACGGAGACCUCGCCGCCAGCACCCUCAUGAUGCAGUACCACACAGAUCUGUCGGUUCGCGAUGGCGACCGGAACACCGUCCAUCACUUGGCUGCCUUCGCCCGCAGCACAGACAUUGUCCGCAUGCUGAUGCGCGAGAAGGUGUCCGACGACACGAUGACCGCGGGCAACCGCGAAGGAAACACCGUGCUGCACAUGGCGCUCAAGUGCGAGUGUGAUGCAGCCGAGGAGCCUUCGCUCAUGGAGCUGGUCACGUUCCUGAUCGAAAAGGGCGCCGACGUUAAUGCCAUUAACAUGAAGGGCGAGUCGCCGUUAUUCCUGGCGUCGCGACUGCACUGUCCCAAAGUGGUGGAGUUACUGCUGUCCUCGGGAGCCGACCCGACGGUGGUGACUCGCCGCGGACAGUCAGUGCUGCACGCCGCGUGCCACAGCGGUUGCGCGUCCAGUCUGAGUCAGCUCCUCAACACGAAGAGAGUGGAGCACUUGGUCACGCAGGCUGACAACGAGAGCAAGGAGCCGUUCCACUAUGCGGUUCACAGGAGCUCCAUCGACUGCUGCGAGCUCCUCCUGAACAACGGCGACCACCUGACUCGCAAGGAUGCGGAGGGAGAGUCACGCUGCUCCCUCGUGCUGGAGCACCUCCCCGGCGCCACGCAGCUCCUCAGGCGCCUCUUCGACGCGCGGGUCAAGCUCUCCAACAAGCCACAGUACGACCCCGACUUCCGCGUCACCUUCGACUACUCCGUGCUGCUCUCGCCAGACAUGGAGGAAGUGCAGAGCUCGCUCAUGUCCGAGCUCUCUACCACAAGGAUCGAGUCCCUCCUAAAGCAUCCGCUCCUCGAGAGCUUCCUCUUCAUCAAGUGGCGGAAGAUCAAACCUUUCUUCUACUGCAGUGUGCUGGUCUACUUCACAUUCCUCAUUCUGCACACGAGCUUCCUCAUUUCGAAAUUCGGUAGCAGUAAUACCAGCAUGGACGGCAUGAUACUAAUCAAGUGUCUCCACAUUGUUAUGUUCUUUCUCAUCCUUAUCCCUGACCUCAUCAUCAUGUUGGCGAACCUGAAAAAAUAUCUGCGCCAGUGGGAGACCUUUUCCAAAAUGAUUGCCCUUGGCAGCUCUGCCUUCGUGGUAUUUUCCUUCACUCCGUCCAUUCUAAAUGAGUUGAAGGGCGCCGCCAUUCAGGUCAAUGAAACAGACGCAAACGCCUCGAGCGAAGUGACGCCGGACGGUAAUUCUCACCUUCACCACGACGCGCCGAUCGUGCGGCACGUGGCGGCGGUGUCGGCGUUCUUCGGCUGGGUGGAGUUCAUGAUGCUGCUGGGCCGCUUCCCCUCCCUCGGCGCUUACGUUCUCAUGUUCACUCGCGUCGCCAAAUCCAUUACCAAGUUCAUCGUGGCUUUCUCCAGCCUCCUCAUCGGCUUCUCCAUCAGCUUCACGAUCAUCUUCAAGAACGACCCGCUCUUCCGCUUCCCGUUCAGCCUGGUCAAGACGCUCAUGAUGAUGAUCGGCGAGAUCGAGUACGGAGACCUGGCCGGCGACUCGGAUAUGCAAAUCACGAGAUCUCUGUUCCUGGUGCUGUUCCUCUUCCUGGUGUGUAUUCUGAUGGCUAACCUCCUGAUCGGUCUGGCUGUCAAUGACAUCCCGGAUCUGCAGAGGCAGGGCAAAAUCAAGCGCUUGGCCAAGCAGGCGUCGUAUCUCGUGUCUUACGAGAAACUGAUGUGGGUGGCCAGGAGCCUGCGCUGCUUCCCCCGCCGGAUGCGCAUCCUGCUAACAAGCCGCGUGAGGAUCCUGCCCGUGGUAACUGUGUUCCCCAGCCGGGAAAACAAGUCCCGCAGGCAUCAGCAGCACAUCCCGUCCGAGACCCUGCAGGAGGCCAUCCUGCUCGGCACCUGCGAGGACCCGAAGAUGGAGGACCUGCACAUCGAGGGAGAGGAUUUCUCGAAGCAGUUCAAGUCCUUCAAGAUCAAGUACGACCGCGACUGGCGCUCACUCAACCGCCGCCUGGGGCAGCUGGCGGACUGCUCGACCACCGACAAGAUCCUGAGAGAGCGGCUCGAUCAAAUGCAGAAGAUGAUGGAGACACAGAUGCUGCAGAUGUCAAUCCAGCUUCAGCAACACAACAAGAAUCUACUCUACCAGUCAAUGAUGCACCAGCCAGUAUUCCAGCAGAUCCAACAGCAAAAUCAGCCACAGUACCAACAAGUAAUGCAGACUCAAAAUGCCGCCAGAAACGAGGUGUCUAAAUCUCAUUCCGUGCAGGACCUGAGCCAAAGCAACAGGCUGGUAAACGCCCAUCGCCGAGCCUCGCAGCAGGAUUGCCCCUCCAUGGCUACAGGCGCGAGGAAGAUCAGCAUGGCGAUCUCAACGCUCUCCGCGCUUUCUCCGUCCACGCAGUUCGCUUCUGUCCCACACACCUACUACACACAAGCAGGGCAACCACAGACGUCCCACGCGCAAGCACAUCACCCACAGCCAUCCCACAUCCUUUCAUUCACGACGCAGCCAUCCCAAGCACCUCUCCAAACACAAACGUCCCUGCCGCAGGCCGCCCAGGCCACGCCCAUGCACAGACAAAGCUCAGAGCCGCAUCACAUGCGCCUUUUUCAGACGCAGCCUCCCCCGACGGAGCCCGACUCGCUGCCGGAGCACAGUCAGGAUGUUUCGCUGACUGAUCACCAGUAGAAGUAUUUACUGAUGAUAUGAUAGCAUCAAUGAUAAUGUAUUAUUGCAUAUAUCUAUACGCAUCUUUUAAGUGACUUUAUCCAGCAGCUCAGUGAUACUGACAUUCCUGUAUAUCCUAAACUUCUGCUUUUACGAGCGAUUUACUUUGUUGUGUUACAGUGUAGCAUAUAUUACACUUACAUAUAUGUAUAUAUACACAUGAACAAAAAAUCACUUUCAUUUGAAAAAGCAACUUAUUUAUGUGAAUUCAGCGUUUUAUACUUACUCAAUAUAUUUAUAAUUAUUA